GCCACCGCUCCUCCGGAAGGCGAUGCAGUUGAGUUGCAAACCACGGUGCAUUCGCAAGGUGGCUCCCCUGUGGACACGACUCCUUUAUUCCGUUUAUCUUAUCUCGCCACCUAAAAGUGCUGAAGGAUUUGCUCGCGCUCUGAGACGUGAAGCUAGCCAUCAUGAUAUACCAGCUGAUUUUGUCACUGUUAGUGACAUUAGCAUCUGGAUCCCCAAGAUCUAGGGGAGAGCCACUGCAUCGCACCAUUCAGGCCCGAUCUGGAGGAAUCAACUACCAGUACCCGCAUGUGGUCCCUGUUCCCAUUGGCGAUAGCAGUGUGGGCCGAGCACAGGAAGCAACUUUCCAGGUGGACCCAAACACACUUCAAGUGACCCAGUUUCCUGGAAGCCUUAAUGCGCCUGUUACCCAAACUGGUAACAAUGUGCCUCAACCACAAGGCGCAACUUUCCAGGUGGACCCAAACACACUUGAAGCGUCUCGCGUGGUUGGACCUGCGGUACAAGCUGGACAACUCUCUUUCCCUGCUUCCCCUCAACUCACAGGAACGCAAAACGUUGUUCCCCAGCCGUUCCCAAAACCUGCUAAUAAUCUAGAUGCCCAAUUCGGUGGCCUUCCUGGCAGGAACAACCUUCCCACCAGACAAGCUCCAGUAUCAGGAGCCGUGGAAAUGGCAAGACGGCUCAUUGGAAACCCUCCCGGAGGAGCCCUCUUGGUUGGUAGCAACCCUCCCCUCUUCCCCAUCGAAAAGAGACUGAUCUCCAAUUACACCAAACUGCGACCUGUUGUGACAGACACAUUCAGAUGCAACAAGGGCGUUGUACCUAAUUACGUCGGCUACGGAUACUAUGCCGACGUUGCAAAUGAAUGCCAAAUCUUCCACAUCUGCUUGCCGUGGAAGGAACUGUACCCCAAGCAGUUUGCUGAAGACGUCACUUAUCAAUUCAGUUUCAUUUGCCCAAAUCAAACUGUUUUCUCACAGGAUGUGAUGACUUGCACCUGGGAGAGCGAGGCCCUGCCAUGCGCGGAUUCGCCAGAGCUAUACUGGCUCAAUCAGAACUUCUUCAGGAAGGUACCUACCGAAUUUGGCACGAAAUAUGCUGCUGUCAAUGAGAAAAUCGUUCCUCCUCUUGUGUACGACUACGACGAAUUCAACCCACCAAAGCCAUUAACGCCCUAAUAACGCAUGACAGCUACCCAGGAAACUGUGAUCCGGAAAAUGGCUCUCACCUCUCUCAUUCUUAUGGCCUGGUUGAAGGUCAUCUGGGAUCAUUCUUCAAUGGCUGUUCUUUCUGCACAUCCUGACCUUGGUUCUUCUCCCUCUGACUCAGCAAAAGGGCGUCCGGUUGCAUCAUUGCUGUAAUUCACAUAAAUCAUGCAUGUCUCUCGCUUUGGCAAGUACCAGCGUCGAUAACAAUAGUUGUAUUGCGACUAGUCUGCAAGAUUAAUCAAAUCACUUCGUAUUUACUAUGACUUUGACUGGGACAUGGCUCUGGCAUUUGUAUUUUUAAUGAAAACAAACUGAAACACUUUACAUUCAAUAAGCGAGCUAGACCGCAGCAAAACUAGUUCUAAGAUAGCAGUGGGUAAAAUCAAGCACCAGAGAUAGUCAUCUCCAUAAAGGGCAUCUGAAAAUGAGGCAUCGAAGCAAUGCUAAGCGAACCAUGGCGAUCUCCCAGACAACCUUUUAUUCUACAUUGCAUUCUCACUUUGGAAGACAGUUCACUUUUUCUCCUGCAUGAUCAGAGCUGUCAUUCAGUGAAGCUUCUCCAAAGGUGCUAUGAACUUUACGGGCAUUUGGUAAUCCAGGUUACUGUUUUAUUAAUGGGCAUUCUUCUUUUCUUCAUUCCAGUUACUUCUGUGGGAAGUAGCACCAGUUAUCACAAAUAGUGUGUACUCUUUAAAACGCUGUAAAUUAUGAUGUAAAUUUGUUUCACUUCAGUGGUACCUGUCAGUGCCAGUUUUGACUAUAUCACUGCUGGCACACUAUCCUCCUAUCCGAUUUAGCUGUACAUACUGACGGUCAGAAUUGAUGACGCUAAAUAUUUCUAUGUACAUUAUUGUAAAUGCUAUUUACUCAAAAUGUAGAACCUUCCUACAAGCUCUAAUUUGGUUCUGUAGCCUUGAUGUAGAGACCAUAGAGGCACACUUUAGUGAAAUCAAAUACUUUACAUUAUGAGAACAAAUCUGUGAAUCAAGUGGCAUUCCAUUAAUAAAUAAAUGACAUAA